AUGCUGAUGCUGACUGGAAUUAGUCGCGUACUGGAGACUAAUUUGCACCACCUGCUGCAGCACGCAUCGUGGUUUGCUUCCAUUUGGAGGAGUCUGCUUCAGCACGUGGCGCUGAACACCGCCUUUGGCGUACCCAAGGAAGUUGUGCUUGCAGCUAUCAAAAUGCUCCAAACGCUGUUGCAAGUGUCUUCAGCCGGAGAUUUUGAUCACAUCGCACAAUCGCAGCGUGUUCGCGCCGGAGUUGGUAUGCGUGUGGGUGUUGUAACGGGGUGA